GUUGCCGCUCGUAGGCCGCACUCGCGUCUAAACGAAAACUCGAAGCGAAGUUAAAAUCUAGUGAUACAGAAGGCUGUGCUGUACUACACUCGCGCGGUUUCGUUUCUUCCGGUAUUUUCUGCCUUUUCGUAAAACGUGACGAAAAAAUGGACACCCUUCGCGAGCAGGUGAUGAUCAAUCAGUUUGUGCUGGCUGCAGGUUGUGCCAGGGAGCAAGCGAAACAAUUGCUGCAGGCCGCUCAUUGGCAGUUCGAGACCGCCCUUAGUAUUUUCUUCCAAGAAGCUGCGAUACCUCCGUGCGCGCAAGGACCUGGUACACAUUUCGGCCAAAUUACACCAUGUAAUACGCCGGCCACUCCACCAAAUUUUCCUGACGCGCUUUUGGCGUUCUCCAAAAUGUCCGCAGGAGACAAAACUCCUUCAGGAAUGUCGCCGAGCCAAAACGGAUUGCAUCAGAAUUCAAUGCAAACAGGGAUGGCGGCGCAACAUCACGGAGGACGGUGUAGCGUGACCGGGAACGCGCAACAGCAAACGCAAAGUCAACAAUUGGGCCUAGGCGAACCACAGAGAUAAAAGAAACUAGCGAUUCGGCGGUCCGUGCGCAAGAUCCCGAGGUCGCACGAUGUGCACGUAAACGGUGUUUAAAACAGGAGGCAUGGUUUAUAAAAGAUCGACUGGCUCCCCAGGGUUAUACGCUGUGUGACCACAAGAGCGAUUAUUAACCGAGAUUCACGCGCUCGUAUCUCCUCAUCCCUAGAAGGACGCAUGAUUUCUUGAAAAAUGUGUGCACGGAGAAAAACCCAGAUAAUUAUUUAGGCGUGCACGUCUGUAGAAGAAGCAAGAUUUCUCUAUAGAAAGAGAUCCUCAUCUCUCAUUGAAUGGCACGGUAUAUUUGGAUCUCUAGAGUAGCCGAUACGACCCUUGAUUGUUUAUUCUUGUUAUUCUUUGAUAUAUGGUGUACAUCGAAACACAACACGUCGAUCACGAUCGAGCCUCUCGAGAGCUCUUGAAAAGAAAAAAAGCUCUUCUCUUCUUCCGUCGGAUUAUUCUGGUGAUAUGUGUAAGGAAAAAGAAAAAAAAGAAAAGAAAAGAAUACGAGAGCGGAAGUUGCAAAGACUAUAUCUUAUUUCUUUUCUCUCUCCUUUUUAAACGUGCUGCUGGGACGGUAGUUCCUAUGGUUAUGAAAGACAGCGAUACUCUCCUUAGCAUUUAUGAAAUUAGUAUGCGUCCAGAAUGCCGCUUGAUGUAAAUGAGUAGCGAGAAGCCUCCUCCACCGUCCCGGGUAUCUUCCUUGUUGUUUCUCGAUCUAUAGACUCGCGGCUAGAUAGGAAACGUUUGCGGUUCGUGGACCGCGGAAGUCAAUGAGAAAUCGAAUACCACUUCCACACCAUAGUACAAAAAAUUGCCGGCACUGGAUAGCGCUUAGCGAUGAAUGUUAGUUUAUUUUUAUUUUAUUUUAUUUCUUCUUUUGUAGUCGAACAAAGAGACAUUGUGAAUGUAAUUCGAGUCUAGUUGACCACGAGUCGAAAAACGUUAUCGUACUCGUAUUUCUUGUCGCCUGUUGUUUUUAAUGACGAUCGAACUUGAUCUAGAGAUUUUAUGUAAAAUCCGAUCUUGUCGGCAUUGUUUUGUAAUGAUAAUAAUAAUAUAAAGUCUAAUGAAAGGCAAAAAUUUGUUCAUGCUUAAUGCGAAGCGAGUAAUGCAUAAGAACACGAGGCUAAUAUUAUAAUGGAUGCGAAAUUACGACGAAUUAUUAUGUAAAAAAUUGUAAAAAGGAAUUUACUGAUUAUGUAAUGUCCAAUAAGUAUUUAUGUGAAGUUACUCGAAGAACUAUAUACAUUUCUCAAAACUCGUUCACACGGAGAAAUCACUUGCUCAGAUAGUAUCCAGUGUAGGUCAUUUUUUUCUACGAGGAAAAAAGCAGUGGAGCCAUAUUAGCUGAGCUGUUUCAUCGUCAAUUCAAUUUACAAAUAGGAAUACGAAUAGACAUUUCGUAUUACUUCACAUGUAAAUGAUUUAAUCAUAGAUUUCGUAUUAUUUGCAGAAAUUCUUGUACGACAGCUUAUUGUAAUUUACCUAACCAGUAUAUAAUAAAACUGUUUUCCAUUCAAUCAUUCUUAUAUAGAUCGGCAACCGACGACGUACAUUUAAAGUUUAAUUUUAUUUUCGUUCCAACGAUCUUUUUCACAAUAGUAUAUUUAA